AUCUGCGGGCACAACUUUUCGUCGUCAGGUUGCUGCUCAGUGCUGGGUGCUUGGAUUUAUUUUCUCAUUUCGUUGUUUUGCACUGAGUGCUAGGAUUGUUCACAAUGCCUCAGAACGAAUAUAUCGAACGCUUCCAAAAAACUCAUGGCCGUCGUCUCGACCAUGAAGAACGCACGCGCAAACGCGAAGCCCGUGAGGGUCACUUGGCAUCUCAAAAGGCCCAAACCCUGCGCGGCUUCCGCGCCAAACAAUACGCUCAAAAGCGGCAUGCGGAGAAGAUCCAAAUGAAGAAGCGGAUUCGCGCACAGGAAGAGAAAAACGUCAAAUCCGCAGCGCCUUCCGAACCCAGUUCGACGCCCUUGCCGAAUUACCUGCUGGAUCGGUCGCAGGCUACCAAUGCCAAGGCGUUGUCGUCUGCUAUCAAGGAUAAAAGAUCCGAAAAAGCCGCAAAAUUCUCCGUGCCGUUGCCCAAGGUUAAGGGGAUUAGUGAGGAGGAGAUGUUCAAGGUGGUGAACACGGGCAAGAAAACGCAUAAGAAGUCGUGGAAGAGGAUGAUUACGAAACCGACUUUUGUUGGACAGGACUUUACGCGACGGAAUCCGAAGUUUGAGCGGUUUAUUCGGCCUAUGGGUCUUCGUUACAAAAAGGCCAAUGUUACACACCCCGAAUUGGGCGUCACAGUGCAAUUGCCUAUCUUAGGCGUCAAGAAGAACCCACAGAACCCUCUGUACACGCAACUCGGCGUCUUGACCAAGGGCACCGUUGUAGAAGUGAACGUGUCGGAACUCGGAAUCGUCACGACAGGUGGAAAAGUGGUCUGGGCCAAAUAUGCUCAAGUUACGAAUAGUCCCGAGCUCGACGGAACAGUCAAUGCUGUUCUGCUCGUCUAACAAUAUGUGGAUGCUUGUUAUCUUACAACUCGACAGCGCAGUUCAUUUUAAAAAGGGUGAUUUAAGGGAGUUUCGGAGUUUGCAGGAAAAGAUAGUAUAUCAUACAAGUUCUUGUUCUUUUUAAUGACUUUCUUGAACAUUGAUACCGAGAUGCAAACAUAGAUAGCAACAAAAGGAGAAUUGCUUAUUCCUACA